AUGCUCGCCUCGGCCCUCAGGGAGAGCGGCCUGGCGGCCGCUCGGGCCUUCUCGUCCAGCGCAGCCGCGCAGGCGGCUCCUGCAGUGGCUGUCGCCUCCAAGCGCUCCUUCCUCGCCCAGCUCUUUGGCAGCGGCUCGCGGCUUGAUGUGCCGCUCACCGACGCCCUGCCCGGCGUGGAGAUCCCAGAGGCGGUGGCCCCGUCCAAGGAGGCCCCCGCCACGCAGCUGACCAAGCUGAGCAAUGGAGCCACCAUUGCCACCGAAAACACGCCGGGCGCCACCGCUACCCUGGGCAUCUACGUCGACUGCGGCAGCGUGUACGAGACCCCCGCCAACACCGGCGCGUCUCACCUGCUGGAGUACAUGGCCUUCAAGACCACCAAGAACCGCACCCACCUGCGCCUGGUGCGCGAGGUGGAGUCCAUUGGCGGCAACGUGCUGGCCUCGGCCUCCCGCGAGCAGAUGGCGUACAACAUCGACACCAGCAAGGCCACCAUCCCCGAGGCGCUGGAGGUGCUGACCGACGCGGUGCUCAACCCCAAGUUCCAGUCUUGGGAGGUGGCGGAGCAGGUGCGCAAGAUGGAGGCGGACGUGAAGAACCUGAAGGACAACCCGCAGACCACGCUGCUGGAGGGCCUGCACAGCGUGGCCUACAGCGGCGGGCUGGGCCGCCCGCUCAUCGUGCCAGAGGGCUGCCUGGGCAGCCUGAACGCAGACGUGCUGGCCGACUUUUAUGCCGCCAACUUCACCGCGCCGCGCAUCGUGCUGGCGGGCGCGGGCGUGGACCACGGCGAGCUCACCCGCCUGGCCGAGCCGCUGCUGUCGGCGCUGCCCGGCGCCGGCGCGGGCUCCGAGCCGCGCAGCGACUACGUGGGCGGCGACUGGCGCCAGUUCAGCGCCUCGCCGCUGACCCACGCCAUCCUGGCCUUCCAGUACCAGGGCGGCUGGCGCGACGUCAAGGGCUCUGUGGCCAUGACGGUGCUGCAGUACCUGCUGGGAGGCGGCGGCUCCUUCUCCGCGGGCGGCCCCGGCAAGGGCAUGCACUCCCGCCUGUACACCCGCGUGCUGAACCAGCACCCCUGGAUGCACAACUGCACCGCCCUCAACUCCAUCUACAACAACACGGGCCUGGUGGGCGUGUUUGCCUCCGCCGAGAGCGGGCAGGCGGGCGAGAUGGUGGAUGUGCUGUGCAAGGAGAUGCUGGCUGUGGCCAAGGAUGUGAGCGAGGCGGAGCUGGAGCGCGCCAAGUCGGCGGCGGUGAGCAGCGUGCUGAUGAACCUGGAGAGCCGCGCCGUGGUGGCUGAGGACAUUGGCCGCCAGGUCCUCACCUACGGCCACAGGAAGCCUGUGGGCGAGUUUGUGCAGGAGAUCAGGGGCCUCAAGGCGAGCGACCUGUCUGGCGCUGUGUCCAAGCUGCUCAAGUCGGCGCCCUCGAUGGCCGUGCUGGGCGACAUUGCACAUGUGCCGCGCUACGACCAGGUCGCCAAGCGCUUCGCCUAGGCUUCGGAUUCCCACCCAGGCCCACCCGACACACGCCCUCACUCCCUUAGCAGCCACACACCCGCGCCCCGGGAGCCGCCCCGCUCCGCAGCAUGUCUUGUGCAUGCAGCCUGACGGCUGCCGCACUGCCGGGUGUCGUGCCGCCGCGCGCACUCUUUCUGUUGCGAACUGCACCAUUCCUGCCGCUCCCCUCUUUUGCUACCUUGCUGUUCCAUGGAGGUUGACCUCUUGCUGCUAUACAAAUGAAGAGAAA